AUGCCUGCUCUUCUGCCUGCUCUCAUCCCCUUGCAUAGCAAUAAUAGUAUGCAGAGAAGGACCAGCGAUCCUAAAAGGAAGUUACUAGGUCAACAAACUCAAAGACAGCAACAGCGACACGAACCACUUGCGGCGCCACUUGUACUACCACCUCUGCAACCCCAGCUCUCCCCUCUCGAAAAUAAUGGCAAGCUGCCACGGAUGGACCUGUUCUUUAGUGUGGGAAAACAGGGUGCAAGUCGUGAACCACAGGUCAUGGCGUCAGGUGUCAGGAACUGCCACGAUCGAGCAACAUUACUAUGGAAUAGCUUUGAUUGGAUGGUGGGACGCAGAUUCAGCAGCCGUGAUCCCCCUGCGGCACUUCAACCCGAGAGGAAAAGAAAUAUUAAAAGUAAGACCAAGAAGGACCGUGCCCUGACUGUAAUGUCCACUAGUAAAACAACUCUUCUGGUGCCUCCGGUGCAACUCCGGAAGCCUAUACGGUCAUUUUCCAUUCCAAUAAUCCGUGCAGAGCUAGUCAUGGAUGAGUCCCUGACAAAAAUUGGAACUCAGAUCACUUACUGUGCUCCGGAAGAAGUUGUUGCCUUUGAUUUCGAUACACGGAGGAAGCACACGACCUGCCGCGUACCAGUGAUGGAGGGUGGGAGGCUUAGAGGGUAUGUACCCCUGCCCAUGAGGUACCGGGACAUUUGGCUCGAGCUUUCAUAUAAUAUCGUGCUGUUGAUGAAUAUCUGGGAACUUUGGUCGAAGGAAGAGGGAAAGGCUUUGAGGCCGAAGGAGAAAAAGAUGGUCACUGCUUGCCGGCAGAACGUCGGGGCAUUGCUUGUUCAAUACAUGCUUGCCAGGCUUCUUGCGGUUGAGGAGUUGGUCAGCUUGAGUUAUAACACCGAACCUGGGGAGGAGUGCGUGAAAUCUCUCAACGAAUGGAAGGUCCGGAUGCUUCGGGAUUGGUUCGAUAUGACACACUCCGAAGCAAAGGCUGACGGAUCUGAAUUCAUGCGUGCAGAUCCAGCAAGCGUUGAAAACAAAGCAUUUUUCGAAAGGAGAUGGGAGAUAGAAGAUGAUGGGAGUGACAUCUUAUCGCCCCCGGCAGACCCCAAUCUCUGGAUCCAUGGGCGUAUCGAAGGGCUAGACGAUAUCUUUGAAAAAACAAUUAAACCUCAGGCUUUCCAAGAGAUCAGCAAGCCCAGCAAAUUUUUUAAGACUAGAUAUGAGAAAGGGGCCAAUUUACCAGCACGUUGGCACGAAGGGCAUGAGCCCUGUCCAUUCUUCUGGAGCGUCAAGCAGUGCGAUUGGUUCUGUGAAGGGAAUGACUAUUGGAACUCGCCGAUCGACCUCUUGCAUCAUGUUCUUUCUACAGAUCCAGCGUACCAUGAUCUUGAGCAGUUCUUGGGUGACUUGCGCAGCCUUGCUGGCAUUAUUACUGUGAAUCCUGAGUGGGAAGAUAUCGAGGAGGCUGCAAAAGAUCUCUGGCUAGGAAAGAUAAUCUGGAGGGAGUUUGUAAGCAGCUUGAGAAGAGGUUUGAAUCUUUCCAAGGAACAAACUGUGACUUCUGAAAAAAGGGAUCGUUCUUCCAUACAAGAUGACCAAAACCCUUUCAAUACCUUGGAGGCUCGUUUGGUCUUUGAGGGAUACAUGCGCGGGGGGGGAAACCAAAAGGCUCAGAGCGACAGGGAUGUUAUUUUGUGGAAAGGCUUGAAUCAAAUGGGCCCCCAAGAAUAUCGGCCGGUAUGGAAAUGGGUCGCCAGUGAGAUCCAGCUGCAAGAAAAUGCGGUAAUAGAAGUUUUGGAGAAAGCAGGAACAUGGUGGCAAGAUUUUAGAUGCCAGCAAGCGAAAGAAACAAAUGUCACGGAACAACCUGACAGGGAGGAGGAUGAUGCACACGUUGAUGCAAUGCCAGAGAUGGAACCGCAGGUCCACAAUCAACAGCAGGGUGGAUCUGAUGGGGCGCCCGAGCAUAUUGCCCUGCACAGUUAUCUAAAAUCCAACCCUGUCCCUGAUCCUCCUUUCGCUCUUCCUGCUAACAAAAACACUACAACUCAGGAGCUAAGCGCAAGGGAAAGUCAACGGCAGGAGCUGAAAGAACUGCAUGCCAUCUAUCUUGGUUUAACUAGGUAUCUUGAGGGUCACGAAUCGUUGGAAGUGCACAGAGAAAGCUUGAUAACAUCCUUCUACUCCGACUUCGAGGCUAGCAUUCUGAAAUUUGUGAAGGAUCUUCGGCAUUUUCCCGCAGACCAGCUUACGGUGGAGGUAGCAAAACCAAUUUUGGACUCCUUCGCCCGCCGUGUUCAAGCAAUACAGGCGAAGAAAGAAGCUGGGGAAUCGCAAAAUGCCCUCCUGUAA